AUGAUCCAUGCACUCAUCAGUCUGAUCUCGCACCCCACCUCCCACCGCCAGGCUGCCUCGAUAGCGGUGCCUCUUGCGGGAGGCACCCUGAUCGGUCUCGCCCUGAAGGAUGAGACCCGCGGCGUCUGGUACAAGACCCUGAAGAAGCCCUCCUGGAACCCCCCUGCCUGGGUGUUUGGUCCCGUGUGGACGGCUUUGUACUCCGCCAUGGGCUACGCCUCCUGGCGGGUGUGGCAGGCGGGCGGGGGACAGCUUCCCCUGGGCCUCUACGCCGCGCAGCUGGCGCUGAACUUUGCCUGGUCCCCGCUUUUCUUCGGGGCCAAGGCCUUGGGUGUGGCCGCCGUGGACAUCACCGCCCUGGUGGGGAUGGUGGCGGCCACCAUCUACGAGUUCCAGAAGGUGGACCCUGUCGCCGCGCAGCUGCUCUACCCCUACCUCGCCUGGGUGACGUUUGCCGCCGCCCUCAACUACAAUCUCGCCGCCAACAACCCCUCGGGCCAGGCACCCCCCGACCCCAAGGUCAUCUGA